AUGCCUCUCCAUAAAGAUAGUCUUUAUUCUAAAUAUUUUUAUCCUGUUACAUUUGCCAUCCUUGGAGGUGGUACCCCUGCUUUAAGUAAUUAUGUUAUUAGAAGACCAUUUUAUUCUGGGAUUCAAAGACACUUCAUUGGUGCAGCUCUUGGAUAUGCUGUUGGUUAUUAUAUAGACCGAUACCUUCAGAACCGGUAUGCCCAGCGUGAUGCUGUUAUAAAGCACUACAUUGAACUUCAUCCUGAAGAUUUUGUUGAAAACAAGAGAAAAUAUAAAGAAAUUUUUGAAGAGUGGUAUCCUAUUCGUGGUGCCUCUUAA